CUUUUAUCCACUCCCAAAACUUCAAUUUUAAUUCCAACAGAUAACUUUUUAUUAACAUAAAAUCGAAAAAUCCCCCAAAUCUUCACCCACAUCACAAGUCUCUUCAAUCUUCAUUUCAUAGUCUUACAGACUUACUGCCCACUAGUAAUACAAUACAAUAGUCAUCAGUCGGUGCUCUUCUUUCAUAUUCCAAACAUCAUCUUACUCUCACCCACGUUCUAAAAAUCUUAAUUAUUAUUGCAUUGCAAUCUUCAAACUCUUGAAUCUUUCCCAUGACCCAAUCACUCCUUUCUUGAUUCAUAACCCCUACCCCCACAUCUCCAUCUCCAAAACCCUUUUUUUUCAAGAAAAUUGGGAUUUUAAGACCCAUCAAGAUCAUAUUAGUCAAAUCUUUCAAUUCUUGAAUCCUUGUUACUAAAGAUUCAAUCUUUUUAAUGACCCAGUUGCCAGUUUCUUGAUUUAUAAAUUCCACUAUCACAUCUUGAUCUAAUAACCCCUUUUUCUUUUCAAGGAUUUUUAGACCCAUCAAGAUUGUAUGAAUCAAAUCUUUCAAUUCCUUGAAUCUUUAUUACUAAAGAUUCAAUCUUUUUCAUGACCCAGUUGCCAGUUUCUUGAUUUAUUAACUCCAGUAUCAAAUCUUGAUCUAAAAAACCUUUAUUUUUCAAAAAAAAUUAGGAUUUUCAGACCCAUCAAGAUUAUGGGUCAAGAAGGAACUCAAAAAAGAGGUUCUUCCACUCUACCCACUUCCACCGCCGCCAACGGCGGCCGCCGUAACCUCCUCCGCGGCGGUGGCAACCGCCAGAUCCACAAAACCCUAAACAACAUCAAGAUCACAAUCCUCUGUGGUUUGGUUACAAUUCUUGUCCUACGUGGCACGAUUGGCUUUGGCUCACUAUCUUCUGAUAAUGAGCUAGAGAACCAAGCCAUUAUUGAAGAGACUAAUCGGAUCCUGGAAGAGAUCCGAUCCGAUAAGGAUCCGGAUGACCCGGAAGAUUUGCAGAGUCAGCCCACAAUUACUCUUAAUGACACUUUUACCCUUGGUGCAAAGAUCUCUAAUUGGGAUGAGGAGAGGAGUCUUUGGUUAAGUAGAAAUCAAGAUUUCCCGAAUAUCGUUAACGGUAAAGCUCGAAUCUUGUUGGUUACAGGGUCUCCUCCAGGCCCUUGUGAUAAUGCUAUAGGUGAUCAUUAUUUGUUGAAGUCAAUUAAGAACAAGAUUGAUUACUGUAGGAUACAUGGUAUUGAAAUUGUGUAUAAUAUGGCUCAUUUGGAUAAGGAGCUAUCCGGGUAUUGGGCGAAACUGCCGUUGAUUCGCAGGUUGAUGUUAUCGCAUCCGGAAGUCGAGUGGAUUUGGUGGAUGGAUAGUGAUGCAUUGUUUACCGAUAUGGUUUUUGAGCUUCCGUUGUCGAAGUAUAAGGAUCAUAACAUGGUUAUUCAUGGGUACCCGGAUUUGUUGUUUGAUCAGAAAUCGUGGAUUGCGUUGAACACCGGUAGCUUUUUGUUUAGAAACUGUCAGUGGUCGUUGGAUUUGCUUGACGAUUGGGCGCCGAUGGGUCCAAAAGGUCCGGUUCGUGAAGAAGCGGGUAAAAUUUUGACCGCCAAUUUGAAAGGGAGGCCUGCUUUCGAAGCGGAUGAUCAGUCCGCUCUAAUAUACUUGUUGAUUACGAAAACCGAGUGGAUGAACAAGGUUUAUAUCGAGAAUUCGUAUUUUCUUCACGGGUAUUGGGCUGGUUUGGUGGAUCGGUAUGAAGAAAUGAUGGAGAAGUACCACCCGGGUUUGGGUGAUGAAAGAUGGCCGUUUGUGACGCAUUUUGUGGGGUGUAAGCCGUGUGGAAGCUACGGGGAUUAUCCGGUUCAGCGGUGUUUAAGUAGCAUGGAAAGAGCGUUUAAUUUUGCGGAUAAUCAAGUGUUGAAGUUGUAUGGUUUCAGGCACAGGGGACUUUUGAGCCCUAAGAUCAAAAGGACCAGAAAUGAGACUGUGACACCAUUGGAGUAUGUAGAUCAGUUUGAUAUUCGGCAUUCGGCUCAAGCUACUAGCAACUGAACUGAACAAUUAUUGGCCUCAAGAGGUGACAAUCUUUAGUGUUUUUUUUUAUAUAUUUGUUUGAGUUUUAUAAACAAGUUAUAGUUGAUUUUGUUGCCACUGUAUUUGAUUUGGUAAAGUAAGGUAGAAUUCUUUUGUUAAAAGUAGUAACUAUGAAACCCUCAAUAGUUGGUUAUCUAUUGGUAUAUUGCAUGAAGAAAUUUUUAUUUGAUUA